CCCGUGUCGCACCUCAGCCCGGCGGGGCGGCGUAGCCGGGCGACAUCGCCGACCGCUGCGACGUCAUCAGUGAGGUAUGAUGUCAGCGGUGCACCUUGAUGACAUCUGGCAACUUUGAUGGCGGGCGUGUGAAACAAGGGAAACUCUCUGGCCGUGCCCCCCCUGACAAAGAUUUCCGGGCGAGUUCAUUUGUUUUAAUACAAACCGGCCAAAUGUUGCCCGGUCGCCGCCGGCCGCGUCGCCGCCGUCCCCCGUCGCGCCGCCCUCCGCCGCGCCAUCGUCCUCCCGACAUCCUCCGCACAUGACACAGUCUGCGUUCUCCGCACGUUCUUCGGCGUGUUCUUCCGAGGCGGACUCCCGGGAUCUGGCCGAAAUGGAAGGUUCCGUGGUGGAGAGCAAAAGCGGCUUCUACCACAUCCACAAGCUUCUGGACCGAGGAACCAGCAGCCACGUCUUCAAGUGUAAAAACCUGGCCACCGCCAGGGACGUGGCUCUCAAAGUCCACAAGAACUACGCGCUGUUUGAAAACGAGAUCGAGAUGCAGGAGAUCGUGAGCGUGCUGGACCCGGACAAGAAGAGCAUCGUGGAGUUCAUCGAGACCUUCACCUUCAACCGCCACCCGUGCCUGGUCUUUGAGCUUCUGGACACCAACCUGUUCAGCAUGGUGCUGGAUAAGAAAUGGAAGACCUUCGCGCCCAACGACAUCCGGCCCGUUGCCCAACAGCUUCUGACAGCUUUUGAUGCCCUCAAGAGUAUCGGGGUGAUCCACACGGACCUCAAGUCGGACAACAUCAUGCUGGUGGACCACGGCGCCGCGCCCUUCAGGGUCAAGCUGAUCGACUUCGGACUGUCCAUCUGCACCGUGGACGCGCCCCUCAGCUACGGCGUGGCCCUGCAGCCCAUGGGCAACAGGGCGCCGGAAGUGGCCCUGGGUCUUCCCUUCUCCGAGGCCAUCGACAUGUGGUCCCUGGGCUGCGUCCUGUCCUUCUUGUACCUGGGCAAUUACCUCUUUUUGGCCAACUCCAACUACAACAUGCUGCGCAGCAUGAUCGAGGUGGUGGGUCGCAUUCCCGAUCAUCUGCUGACCGCCAGCAAAAACACUCACAAGUAUUUCAAGAGGAGCGACCGAGACAACGACGGCGAUCAUCCCAAAUGGCGGCUCAUGACCGAGAGGGAGUACCAGGACAAAACCGGAAUGCGUCCCGAUUCUCUGCCGUGGUCCUUCAAAUGUUUGGACGAUCUGGUCAGACUCAAGCCGGAGGUGGGCGAGCCGGUGGAGUUGGAGGAUCGCGAGGCCUUCGUGGACCUGCUCAAGUGUCUUCUGCAGAUGGACCCCGAGCGCAGGAUCACCCCCGAGGACGCGCUCAAGCACCCCUUUCUCACCAUGAGCCACCUGAGCCAGCACAAGGGCGCCAGCUCGUAUGUGACCGACAGCUUUAACAAAAUGAAGUUCUGUCCGACAAGUACCUCGGCGAAGGAAGAGCCGGAGCGUCGGUCCCAUUCGGCUCGAUCGCUCAAGUCGAGGAACUGGCGUCAAAGGCUGUGCGGUUUCCUCGCCGCCAAAAAGACGGGCGCUCCGGCGAGGCCGCCCAAUUCUGCCGCGGCCGACGACCAGGGCCCCGCCGAUCGGGGUCGGGAGGGCCGGCCCAAGGCCCGCUGGCGGCAACUGGCUCGGGUCUUCGGGACCCGCGGGAAGCCGGAUCGACUCCCGCCCGCCGCGGGUCCGCAGGGGCCGAGUCGUCCCGAUCGAGGUCCGGAGCUUCGCUCCGAGAAGAUCUGGUGGCAUAAAAUCUGUCUCUUCUUCCGAAUGAAUCGCAUCGUUCCGGAAGCGCGCCGCGCUCCCCUCCGGCAAGGCGGAACGGCCGUACGGGUCCCCGGCCGGCGGGACCGGAGCCGCCGUUCCGGCGGCGGAAAGUCGGCGCCAGACGACCGCGACGACGGGUCGCCGGGACCCCACGAGUCCGCGCAAACGCGCGACUCGUCCCGUCUUCCCCGCGGCGGCGAGUCGACGCGAGUUCGCCGACGGUCGGCGGCAGCUCGCAGGGACCCGUCGGCGCCGGUCGGAGACCGGUCCCCGGGAGCUCGGGAGCCGCCGUCGCGGGAGAGCGACGGCCAAGGGUCCCGAGCCAACGAGCGGCGGUCGCAGGCGAAGCGCUCGUCCCGACCCCAGGACGCCAAGGCGCCGGUCGCCGAGACGCCGCGAGCUCGCACCCGGGCGACGCGCGUUAAAGAGCACCCGCCGCUGCCGAACAAGCCCGUACGAGCUCGAAAUGACAAGUUGUCGCACGGCGACAAGUCAUCGCGAGCUAAAAAUGCCGCCUUGCCGCCGGCGGACCGGUCGGCGCGCGUCAAAACGGACGAGCCGGCGCGACUUUGCAAGUCGCGGGUUAAAAGGGAUCCGGCGAGCAAGCGGCGGCUCGGAAACGACGCCGCCUCGCAAGUCGGCAGGCCGCGGGUCCGUCGCGGCCAGUCGUCGCCGGUUUGCAAGCCGACUUGAUCCGAGCGGCGGGGAGCCGCCGACUCUCGUGACCGUCGACCCCCGCCGCCCCCAAAAAAGACGACGCCGUCACGGCCGGCGGCGGCUUGACCGGCGAGAGCACCCGAGACGCGUUCGCCUUUUGACUCUCCGCGAAAGUCACGCGUGGGGGGGCCGACGGGGUGCCGCGACGCCGGCCUUCGUCGUCAUGGCGACGUUUGCCAAAAUGGUUGCCCGACACCUUUGACUUGAUCGGCAGGUCCGGCGCGCUCCGCGUCGCGUCUUGCGCUGCAAUCGGUCCUACCCGAAGCCAUCGG